AGCAAUUCAGUCCAUAGAAAACAGCUGCAGGUGUGGAUAGAAUAUAGAUCCUACAUAAUUGUAUAGAUUAUCAUCUCCCAAACAAUGUUUAAGCCGAACAAUACACGAUGUUUAAGUCCAACUCGCUAAUCAGGUAAAUCCAGUUCACUUGGAUGAAGGAAUUCCUGAAAAAAAAUCUGAAGUCUAUAGUGUUCUUGUCCUGACUCCUGUCCCAAGAUGACAAGACAUAGCCCAGUCAUAGCGUACAAUGUUGCACGGUCAUAAAAAUAACACCCCUCUCUACAUCCCCUCACUUUAUUGAACAGUAAUUAACUUUUAAGCAGCUAUCCCUCUGGCUUACAAUCAAUUAUAUUCACUGCAUUGUUCAUUCAUUCUCGCUCUCUGUCACCCUCUCUCUCUCAGAAGGGAGGGGUUGAGCAGAGGCAGUAACCUCUAACGAAUAACAGUGCUCGAGGAUUUAAAGUUAGACCACCGUCAGCGUUCGGAACCAGUAGGGUAACGUGACCAGAGAAGGAUAGAAUGCUGUUCAGUCAAACCGGAGCACUGACCAAGGACAUUUUGAUUCAUUUUAUAACUUUUUGGAGCUAUUUGACCAAUUCAAACUUGAUUAAAAAAGAGUCAAAGAGCACACACAAACCAGCAUUUACCAGACAAAGAUCAGCAUCAAACUUCAUGCGGGCGUGAGAAGAGAAGUGAUGAGGACAGUUUGGACAAGAUACCCAUGACAUAGUUGGAAUAAUAGACCCACGAUUCUGUUUUUUUAUGGAACCACUUAUUGCCAAUCUAUGACAGUUGGGGAAGUUCUUUUCAAACGUUUAAUUCUCAACUGGGAGAGAAGGCCUAUCAAAACAAACAUUUUCUGACGUGUUAGUCAAAGGAUCCUUAGGGAAUCUUAUUUCCAUCUUGCAGACGGGACUCCUGUCGAUUAUGGCGAAGACCUUGUUCAUCUGUUUCCCACUGGUUCUCCUGGCGGGACAUCUCCUCGUGGUUACCGGACAAGCCACCCGAACACCGGUUUCGCAAGAGCCGCGCCCAGACGUCCAUCCGUCCGCCACCCAGAAACCAGUAUUCUCUGGUAGAGAGGACAGGUUCAACGCCAAUGUCUCCACUGCUCGGCGCAUGCGACCUUUGCCACCGAUGUGCUCGGGACCCACGGAGAUCAGAGACACAUUUAAGUACAUCAACACGGUAGUAUCAUGUCUCGUGUUUGUUGUCGGUAUUAUCGGAAACUCCACGCUCCUCAGAAUCAUUUACCGGAACAAGUGCAUGCGCAACGGGCCCAAUAUUCUCAUAGGGAGCCUGGCGCUGGGAGACCUGCUGCACAUUGUGAUUGAUAUUCCCAUUAACGUGUACAAGCUCCUAGCGGAGGACUGGCCAUUUGGUGUGGGUCUGUGCAAACUGGUGCCUUUUGUCCAGAAAGCUUCAGUGGGCAUUACUGUGCUGAGCCUGUGUGCUCUGAGCAUCGACAGGUACCGAGCAGUAGCGUCGUGGAACCGUAUCAAGGGGAUCGGUGUUCCCAAGUGGACGGCUAUAGAGAUCGCACUCAUCUGGCUGCUGUCUAUCCUGCUGGCUGUCCCUGAAGCUAUAGCCUUCGACAUGAUCGCCAUGGACUACAAAGGAGAGCACCUCCGCAUUUGUCUGCUACACCCCAUGCAGAAUUCAGACUUUAUGAGGUUCUAUAAGUCCGCUAAGGACUGGUGGCUGUUCAGUGUGUAUUUCUGCCUCCCUCUGGCCGUCACCGCCGUCUUCUACACCCUGAUGACUUGUGAGAUGCUGAGGAAGAAGAACGGAGUCCAGAUCGCCCUGAGUGACCAUCUGAAACAGAGGCGUGAGGUGGCUAAGACCGUGUUCUGCCUGGUGCUGGUGUUUGCUUUGUGCUGGUUGCCUCUCCAUCUCAGCCGCAUCCUCAAGCUCACCAUCUAUGAUGAGAAAGACCCUAACCGCUGUGAACUGCUCAGUUUCUUCCUGGUUCUGGACUACAUCGGGAUCAACAUGGCGUCUCUUAACUCCUGCAUCAACCCCAUCGCUCUCUACAUGGUCAGCAAGCGUUUCAAGAUCUGCUUCAGGUCAUGUCUGUGUUGCUGGUGUCUGCCAGCUGAGAUGUUGAUGGAUGAGAAACAGUCCUGUAUGAAGCUCAAAGUCUCAGACCGGGCCUCCGACCAGAGCAACUCACGCGCUACUAACAAGUACACUUCAGCAUGAGAGGGGCCCUGCGCAGUGCAGAGAAGUACUCAAUGAAGUAACCUAUGAUCUACCUUAAAGGACUAAUUGAAGAUCAGUCAUAUAAACCUGAUUCUGACUUAAACCAUUAUGACAAGGUCAUAAGAAGUGCCCUUAUUUAGGUAUAGUUGAUGUAGUUUAAAACCACUUGGAGAAAAGAAGUGCCCUAAUCCAGUAAAGUCUCCUCUGACUGGAGGGUGAAGUACUCAAGUGCACUUUGAGUGUUGCCUAUGAAAGUGAAUGGUCUGGGAUGUGUAGCUGGGAGAGGGUUGAUGGGAAGGAGGAUCAUUGGGGGAAGGAGGCAUGGAUUUUUUUUUCACCUUUAUUUAACCAGGUAGGCUAGUUGAGAACACCUUUAUUUAACCAGGUAGGCUAGUUGAGAACAAGUUCUCAUUUGCAACUGCGACCUGGCCAAGAUAAAGCAUAGCAGUGUGAACAGACAACACAGAGUUACACAUGGAGUAAACAAUUAACAAGUCAAUAACACAGUAGAAAAAAAGAAAAAGAGAAGUUUAGUGCAGACAAUCAAAUAUCAGUAUUAUUGAUCACAUCAUGGCACAACAUCGGGUGGUCAUAUUGUAGAGAAAUGACAUUGCCAGGUGUGGCUGUUCCAGAUUAGAACCUCUAUAUGAAUGUUCAUAAGAUACAUGACAUAAGCCAAACUCAAAGAGGCAUCAUAGUGCAAAUGCCUGACUUGAGACAUACGGAACAUUAUAUGAACAUUGCAAGUAGGUUGUAAAAACGUUGUUAAUUAUACAGUAUAAUAUCUGAACAUAUCCCAUAUACUACUCAGAAUUCAAGGACUUUAGACUUCAUUCAUUUUUAUACUGUUUGAUAUUGUUACCAGUGGAGGCUGCUGAGGGGAGGACGGCUCAUAAUAAUGUCUGGAACGGAGUGAAUGGAACGGUAUCAAACACCUGGAAACCUUGUCUGAUAUAUUGUUGGAAUGGUAUCAAAAUCUUCUCCAGCCCUUACCACGAGCCUGUCCUCUCCAAUUAAGGUGCCACCAACCUCCUGUGAUUGUUACCAUUAGCAUUUAUAUGUGAUUUUAGCUGGAUAGUUAGCUAUAGCAUCUUUGAAUGUUUGAUUGUGUGUUCUGUGUUUGGUAGGCGUUCAGCUGUUUCUCAUUAAACUACUGAUCUAAUUGGGUUGGACGAUAUGUGAAUAAAUCAUAAAUGGCAGCACAUUCCUAAAGUUCUCGCAAUUACUUUCUGGCUUUAUUUUCAAAAUGUGUUUCAAAAACAGUUCAGUGUUUGUCUCAAAUAUGAUCAUUUUAGUAUUCUGUAGCUUUGUGGACUGCCACCCAAUUGUAAAAAACGAUUGAUUUUAUUAUGCUUUCUUUAAUAGCGAUCAUGACAAGCCAAAAGGACUUUCGCCACUUAUUGGGGAGUCGGAUGAGAGGGAGGGGAGAGGAUAUAUUUGAAGUUUUUCUCUCCAUAUGCCUUGUGGUUUUUUGCCAAGGGAUUGUGAUGGUGUGUUUGAAUACGGAGCUCUGUGUUGAUGUUGUUGUAUAUCCUGUACAUACAGUAGCUGUCCUGUGAGUGUAUGGUUGUGAUGAUGUGUUAUUGAAUACGGAGCUCUGUGUUGAUGUUGUUGUAUAUCCUGUACAUACAGUAGCUGUCCUGUGAGUGUAUGGUUGUGAUGAUGUGCCUGUCAAAGGUUGUGUGGUUUAUAUUUUCCCAAAAAUGUUACAAAAUAAAAACAUUUACAUUUUAA